AAAGUCCAGUAGUUAUUUCUUCUCCCAUCACCACCACAACAAGGCUCCAAUAAUCUAAACAAACUUCUCGUUGCCCAUGGAAAUCGAUGAUCCCGUAACCAACGGAAACACCGACGCCGUGAUGACGGAAUCCGCUCCUCCGUUCACUCCGUCGCCUCCCGUCCCGGCGUCGAGAUCGAGUCAAUUGACGGAAUCGCUCAAGCUCGAGCACCAGCUCCUCCGCGUUCCGUUCGAGCAUUACAAGAAAACGAUCCGCACCAAUCACCGCUAUCUAGAGAAAGAGGUCGCCUCCGUUGUCUCCAGCGUCGGAGAUUUGGCCGAUAACAAUUGGUCCGAAGACGUCACCGUUUCGCGUCUCACCAGCCUCGUUUCUCGGCUGCAAGGCCUCAAACGAAAGUUGGAAGAAGGGAGCAAUGUGGAGAAUCUGCAGGCUCAGAGAUGCCGUGCUCGCAUUGAUCAUUUGGAUUCAGCAGAUGCGGAAAAUAUUACUGAAUGGAACAAUACGAAACUAAAACGGAUUCUUGUGGACUACAUGCUGCGGAUGUCUUAUUUCGAGACUGCUUCAAAGCUUUCAGAAAGCACCAAUAUUUUGGACCUUGUCGACAUUGACAUAUUUCGAGAAGCAAAGAAGGUGAUUGACGCCCUUAAACGUAGGGAGGUUGCUUCUGCACUGGCAUGGUGUGCUGAUAAUAAAACACGGUUGAAGAAAUCAAAGAGCAAAUUCGAGUUCCAACUAAGGUUGCAAGAGUUCAUCGAGUUGGUACGAGCUGACAGCUACAAACAAGCAAUCCAUUAUGCUCGAAAGCAUCUGACACCAUGGGGAGCAACCCAUAUGGACGAAUUGCAGCGUGUCCUGGCCACUUUGGCUUUUAAAAGUUCUACCGAAUGCACAAAAUACAAGGUUCUAUUUGAACUAGGGCAGUGGGAUGUUUUAGUUGAUCAGUUUAAACAAGAAUUUUGCAAGUUAUAUGGCAUGACAAUGGAGCCGUUAUUGAACAUCUACUUACAAGCAGGCUUGUCUGCCCUGAAAACUCCAUAUGGUUUUGAAGAAGGUUGUACCAAGGAGGACCCGCUCUCACAAGAGAGCUUCCGGAAGCUAGCUUUGCCUCUACCGUACUCCAAGCAAGAACAUUCAAAGCUUGUUUGCUAUAUAUCCAAGGAGCUAAUGGACACAGAGAACCCACCACUGGUGUUUCCCAAUGGCUACGUCUAUAGCACCAAGGCUCUCAAAGAAAUGGCGGACAAGAACGGAGGUGAAGUAAAAUGUCCGAGAACAGGGCUUGUCUGCAACUACACGGACUUAGUUAAGGCAUACAUAUCAUGAACCCAGUUGCUCAUAAAUCCUCACUUUGGUUGCAUUAUGAAUUGAUCACAACCAAAGUGGAUGUCAGUAUUCAAUUUUCUUCAUAUGCUAAUCUGUGAAUAUUGCAUUGACAAAUAAACUUUGCAUCGUUUUGUAGGAACAGUUCUUUGUUUUGUAUAUCACGUUAUUCAAAAAUAAAAUAAAUAUCGAUUGUUAAAAAA